AUGUUUACUUUAAUGAGGGAUAUAGCUAGUGGAUUAAUAGCUUUACACGGGUCGUUUGCUGGAGCACAUGGAAUGCUUUCCUCAGAGAAUUGUUUAAUUAAUGAUCGCUGGCAAGUAAAGAUUAGCGAUUUUGGAUUGAAUAUGAUUAGAGAAAGUCAACCAAUGUCAAAAAGAAAAUUAUUGUGGACAGCACCAGAAUUAUUAAGAGAAAAUAAUCGAAAAGGAACAAAAGAAGGAGAUGUUUAUAGUUUUGCUAUAAUUUGUUGUGAAUUAGUUAAUAGAGAAACUGUUUGGAAUGGAGUUGAAAGAGAAGAUGAUGUUGAUGAGAUACUUUACCGACUAAGACGAUCAAACGUGGCAAUCCCACACCGACCUCAAUUGCAUCCUCGAGAGGAGAUCAAUCAAAAUUUAUUACACUUAGUCCGUGAUUGCUGGGGUGAGAUUCCGACUGAACGCCCAAAAAUUGAUAUGGUCAGAACAAUGUUGAAGCAAAUGGUUAGGGAUGGAAAUCAAAAUUUAAUGGAUUAUGUUUUUGGAAUGAUGGAGCAAUAUGCAAGUUCUCUAGAACAAGAAGUUGAAGAAAGGACUAGAGAAUUAGUUGAAGAAAAAAGAAAAAGUGAUAUUCUUUUAUAUAGAAUGCUUCCAAAACAAGUUGCCGAUAAAUUAAAAUUGGGGGAAUUUGUUGAACCAGAACAAUUUAGUGCAGCAACAAUAUUCUUUUCUGAUGUUGUUUCAUUUACAACAUUAGCUAGUAAAUGUUCUCCUUUACAGGUUGUAAAUCUGUUGAAUGGAUUAUACACAGCAUUUGAUGGGAUUAUUGACAGUCACGAUGUUUAUAAAGUUGAAACAAUUGGAGAUGGUUAUUUAGUUUGUUCUGGAAUUCCCCGUCGAAAUGGGAAUGAUCAUGCAAAAGCAAUAGCCGAAUUAUCUUUUUCUUUCCUACGUACCGUCUCAACAUUUCGAAUUGACCAUUUGCCAAAUGAACGUGUUAAUUUACGUAUUGGAAUACAUACUGGACCAGCAGUAGCUGGAGUUGUUGGAUUGACAAUGCCUCGUUAUUGUUUAUUUGGAGACACUGUAAAUACAGCUAGUAGAAUGGAAUCUAAUGGAAGACGUAAAAAAAUAAAUUUAAUUUCCAUAAAUUAUUCUUUCUUCUCUCAAACAGCUGGACGUAUCCAUAUAUCAACCACAACUAAUCAUUAUUUAACUAACAUAAUUGGAGGAUAUGUAACAGAACCUAGAGGAGAAGUAAUUAUUAAAGGAAAAGGAGUUAUGGAAACAUUUUGGCUACUUGGACAUUCUGGAGAUUCUCAUUACUUUUCAGGUACAGGUGUUGCCAAUGCUGAUCGUGACACUCCAGAACCUGUUUGA